AUGCUGCAAUGCUGCACCACUACGCAUAUGGCGGCCAGCACGAGAAUUGGAGACAGCAGAUGAGUAUGAGAAGGCUCCUGCCAUUGCGGAGAGUCCUGUCUGAAAUUGCUCAUUCAGCAGCUGUAUCAAAAUGACAAGCCACCAAGACAACGGCGACGGCCGGCAGGUCGCUCUGUUGAUCCAGAGUGGCCCCGCUUCCGCUGCCGCAGUCCUUGUUGUCAAACAGGCACACGACAUUGAUUCAAACCUGUGGGAGCUGCCAACCCUCUCACUGAGCGCAGCGGAGGAUGAAACUGAACGAGCGGUGCUCGAAGAGCAAGCACAAGGGGACCCCGCACUGCAGCAGGAAGGGGCCAUCGACGCGCUUGUGUGCGCAAAGAAGAUGAUGGAUGAGCUGGCGAAGAAGCUCUACCCUGGCCGAGUCACGUUUCAGCCCUUGAAGCUCAUUGUGGAGCCGGACUUUGGGCCCCGGGAACCGAUGCAGACUGCUGUGAUCAAGGCGAAUGUGGAGGCAGACUUUGACAAGCUGGACAAGCAGAGCGUCAUGAUGGUCACGCAGAAGCGCGCCAUGAAAUGGCUGUCCGAGGGCUCCGAUCGCGCCUUCCCAAUGAUUGGCCCCCUGGCACUGCACAUCCUUUUGAGCAACCAACCUGUCGUCUCCAGCUUGCACCCGGCAAAACUAGGGGACAUUGAAGGGGCUAUGGAAUAUCCCCCUGGUUUUCUUCUCCUUCCCCUCAGAAGUUCGACGUUACCCCCUUUCAAGUCCACCACUCUUGUAGCUUAUGCCCCCGCAUCCGCUUAUAAGAUCGAAGGAGAGGCAGCGAAGAUUAAGAUAGAAGAUGAUGACCGACGAGAGGGGACACAAGGGCAGGAAACGGAGCCCUCUGAAAAGGACACAGACUCAACUAGUGGUAGGACAGGCGAAGCAUCUGGGAGCGGAGUGAAGGGCGAAAGUGGGGCAACGGGUCAGAGCAAGGCAAAGUCGAAGCCACCUCUUCCGAAGGGCAAGGAGAAAGCAGCUUCGCGCCCGGAGAUCAAGGAAGAGCCUCCAGCGGGGGGGACGAACCGCGGCCGUUUCGACCCCCUGAGGAAGUUGCCGGCAGCAGCGAAGGAGAAGAGGGCUCAAGAGGCGGAAAAGAGGCGGCAGGAAAAGGCGGAGAGUCUGAGACAUGCGGGCGAGAAACGGCACGAGGGGGCGAGAAUACGGGGCACGUGUUUGCUGGUGGACCCAGGGGGCAAGACCGACCUGGAAGGACGGAAACAGAUGCGGAAGGUAGUCGAAAACCUGCCGGGCCCUCCAGUCGUGUUCAUAACGCACCACCACAUCGAUCACGUAAAUGCGCUGAGCGUUGUAGAGCGACACUGUCCGGAUGCGCUCGUGGUGGGGCACAUGAAAACGCUGGUGCGCAUCGAAACAGUCGCUCCUGCGUUGCGGCGGCACCCAGUUGCGGGCGGCGACGUUCUCGCGAUUGCCGGGCAGGACAUUCUGGUGGUGUCCGCCCCGGGGCAUACCGACGGCCACCUCGCGCUCUUCCACGCGCCGAGCCGCAUGCUCAUCGCAGGCGACCACUGCGUCGGGCAUGGGUCCGCGGUUUUGGACGCGAAUGCGGGCGCUGACAUGCAGGAGUACUUUGACACCACGGAGCGCUUCCAGGAGCUGCGCCCCCGGUUGCUGGUCCUGAUGCACGGUCGGCCGUCGUUCACGCCGCGUGCCAUGCUGCGGCAGUAUAAGGAGCACCGGCAAAAGCGGGAGGACAAAAUUUCCCAGGUUAUCCAGGGGGGCGCUCGGACGAUGCUGGACGUCUUGCGGACGGCCUACAGCGACACGCCCAAAUAUCUGUGGUCUAUAGCGGCGGGGAACGUGUUGCUGCACGUGGGGCGGCUCGAAAAACUGGGGAAAUUGCCGGAGGAUUUUCACGUGGAAAAGUUUCAAGAGGAGAGCACGAGUACGACUACCAGCGUACGACUCCUUUGCGUGGCAACGGGCGAGGCCCUUGGACUCCAGGGAAGUCGAGGCACGGCUGUUGCCUGGACCCUAGGCAUAGCUUCCGUCGUUGGGAUUACGGCGUUCGUAGUUGUUCGAUGGAGGAAGAGUCAAACUUGAAAAUUGAUCACUUUUCAGUCCCCACAAGCUGGCUCCUUCAACGAUGGACGCUCAUUGUUGAGGUUCAAUGCAAAGAGGCGGCGACUACUUUGACCAACUAUGCG